UGUUCAAGGGACACUACAGAAUUAAUUUUCCAUCGAUAGACAGAAUUAAAAUUCAGAAAAAGGCGGAUUGUCAUCUCAGGUUGCCGACGGCGGCCGGUGACGUCAAACAUCACCCAUUCGAGGCCUGACGUCACCGCUGACCGCACUAAUGAUUGGCGGAUCCUAGAGAGCGCGUCUUUGUGUAGAAGGACCCCACUUCCGCAACAUUUCAGAUUUAGGUUUUUUGUUCUAAUCCAUCGCUGUAUAACAUGCCAUUUCUUAAAUAGUUGCACAAACUGCGUCGUUUCUCCAAAAUACGCGAAAGACAAUAAAUGCAUACAUUUACCCUCAACAUAAAUCCAGCAUUUCCUUGUACUCAUAAUUCCCAACGCAGUCUGGAUUUAUUGAGCGUUCACCUUGGUUUAAAUUACGGAUUCACGUUGAUUUUCUCAAUGCAUGAUAAAUAUAGCCCACGAGCGUAGUCGUGAUGUCAGUGGAUUUUAGGUGCCCCCUCAGGAUGCCUGAGUAGUUGCGCUCACCGCCAAUGAGCGUCUCCAGUGUGAAUGUCCUUCAUUUCUCUGUCUGACUAGAGAACUUGCCAUCACGGAUCCGAAUCUGGAUUUAAAUAGGAAAGACAAGCACCUCUCCGGUUCGCCGCUGCCCCUCAAUCGCGUGACACUCUGGAGCGUCUGAACCAACUUUAACUGAGCGCGACAUGGAGUGCCGAGUUCUGUCGAUUCAGAGUCACGUCGUGAGAGGAUACGUGGGAAAUAAAUCCGCAUCCUUUCCGUUACAGGUCUUGGGGUUUGAGGUGGACUCGAUCAACUCUGUUCAGUUCUCCAACCACACAGGAUACUCUCACUGGAAGGGACAGGUCUUGACUGCAGAUGAGCUUCAUGUCCUGUAUGAAGGGAUCAAACUCAACAACGUCAACCACUACGACUAUGUACUUACAGGUUACAAUAGAGACACAUCGUUUCUGGAGAUGGUGGUCGACAUUGUUCAAGAGCUGAAGAGAGCCAAUCCUAACCUUGUAUACGUUUGUGACCCUGUCUUGGGUGACCAUGGUUCAAUGUAUGUUCCUCAGAAUCUCCAUCCGGUGUACAAGAAUAAAGUGGUGCCUGUGGCCGAUAUCAUCACGCCCAACCAGUUUGAGGCAGAGUUGUUGACAGGGAAGAAUAUCAGCACGGAGAAAGAUGCUGUUGAGGUGAUGGACCUGCUGCAUAAGAUGGGUCCAGACACCGUGGUCAUCACCAGCUCUGAUCUGCCUGCUCGUCUCGGAGACAGAUUCCUGGUGUCUUUUGGCAGUCAGCGUAUUUUGAUGCCUGACGGUACAAGGACGACCCAGCGGAUCCGAAUAGAGGUGCCGAAGGUGGAUGCGGUGUUUGUGGGGACCGGGGAUCUGUUUGCUGCUAUGCUGUUGGCCUGGACUCACCAUUACCCAACAGACCUGAAGACGGCUUGUGAGAAGACCUUCUCUGUUAUGCACCAUGUCAUUCGGAGGACUAUAUCUUAUGCCCAUGAGAUUGCAGGUCCUGGUAGAAGACCCAGCCCGGCCCAGCUGGAGUUACGGAUGGUCCAGAGUAAAGCUGACAUAGAGGAUCCAGCCGUAGUCAUGGAGGCCACUGUUAUAUAGAGCCGCCACAUCUCAUCCACACAUUUCACACAACAGUUCCAUUUCAAGAGAUUCAGCAGGGUACAGCCAAACAAGUGAGAGGAAGAGAGCCAUCGUGCUCCGAGAGAGAGAGUAACCAAUAGGAGAGUGGGAGAGAUGAUCAGCCUCUCUCAUUCACUCGGUUUUGUGCAUCUUCAACAUCUCUCUCUCUCUCUUUCUCUCAAAGCUGCUCAAGAACUCCGGUUCGUCCUGCACAUAAAGCCCCAGUCACUGACGUUUCCAGACCAGGUCAGUUAUGGAACUAAACUGCCAUUGAUCUAGUGAGGACCAAAAUGUAAGAACAAACAAAAAAAUGAAAUUAAUAUAGGUGUGAUGCUUUCCAUGCUCUGUGAUUUUGAGUCAGAGCAGUUCAGCAACAAACACAGAAAACAAAACCUAGAUGGCUGAGUCUCACAAAAACUGUCAAGAAUGCCAGAGUCAUAUUUCGUCCUGAAUCAAAUGAUCAAAAUAAGAUUUUUAUUGCAUAAAGGAAAAAUAAGGAUAUUAUUAGCACCAUUAAGAUUUUGUGUAUUAGGGUAUUUUUUUAUUACUGUAUUCUUUCCCCAGUUCUGCAAUUGCUCACUGCAAUGGGAAAAAUUAUCAACUUUAUAUUAUAUUUUUUUUUAUUGUAUAUACGUUUAGAAAAGUAUAUUUAAUUUUAAUUAUAUAUUAGUGCUGUCAGAUCGAUUAAUCGCACAUAUACAAACUUUUAU